AUGCGGGACGUGACUCUGCCACCGUCGCCCAAUUGGUACGGCCCACAGGUCAUGGCAGGUGACAGGUGGAGCACUAUAUUUGCCUAUUGUUCAAAGUCACAAGUGGUACUAAUGGAUGCGAAUAGCACAGUUAGUACAGUUAGUAGUGAUAUAUACGCAACCUCACAGUCACAAACUGGGAUGGGUUACGGAUCGCAUACACAGAUAAGUUCAUCCCUUGGGGUGAAUAGUGAUAUUGACGAACAACCACAGAUCAGGCCUCGUAUGAUAGCCACACUGUCCGGACACUCUGAUCGUGUUGCUUGUUUGGACUUCAACCCACACCCGCACACACAUACCUUACUUGCAUCCGGCUCGGAAGAUAAACAUGUGUAUAUAUGGAAUACACAACUAAGUAUGUGUGUACAUACCUAUACGCGUGUGUGUGAUUCUGGUGUUGUGGCAGUGGCGUGGAGUGCGUUCGAUUCAGCGGAACUGCUGGCUUUAGACCAGACGGGCACACUCGUACUUAUACACGUUGAAUCAAGUGCUUUCGAUAUUAACAGCAGCACAAAUGUACUAUCGAAGCCGACCACGCAUGUCGGGAACAUGAGUGGGCCGAUGCAUAUGAACUCUAACUCUGUUUCUAGCAUAUACACAAAUACAAUCUCAAAAAGUGCCAGUGCCAGUGCCAAUUCAGGAAUACAUACAGUGUGCAAGAAGAGCGGCGCUGCUACAUGUAUGGCGGUGUCUCGUAACGCAGCUAUGCCCACUCUAGUGGCUGUAGGUUAUAAGAAGGGAUCGGUAGUGGUGUAUAAUACUGCGAAGGGUUGUGUUAUGCAUCGACUUAGCGGUCAUGUGGACGAGAUUCAAUCGUUGAGCUGGAAAUGGAGGUAUGUGUGUUUCUAACAACUAUAGGCUUUAGAGUGCAACGGCGAUAGACUAUCAUGAUAGAAACGCAAGUGCUUGAUUCUAUUACGAUUUAUUCACGAUGAAAAAUCUUAUAGUAUAAUUAUAAAGACGCUUCCUUCCUGAUAAUAUCAUUUUUGUUGUGUUUGUGUCUACUGUGAGUGAUGUGCGUUCGAUUAUUUUCUCCUGAGCGCUGUGUUGUGCGUCAUCUAUUUAUGUACGUAUGUAGUUUUGGUAAGUAAAUCUUAAUAUAUAUAUGUAUUUAUGUAUGUGUAUGUGUGUGUGUGUAUUUAUAUAUAUGUAUAUAUAUAU